AUGGAGGAGAUGAUGGAGGAGGUGAUGGAGGAGGUGAUGGAGGAGUUGAUGGAGGAGGUGAUGAGGAGGAAGCCUGAGCUCUGCGAGCCAGAGCUGGGUGAUGGAGGAGGUGAUAGAGGAGGUGAUGGAGGAGGUGAUGAGGAGGUGAUGGCGGAGGUGAUGGAGGAGGUGAUGGAGGAGUUGAUGGAGGAGGUUAUGGAGGUGAUGGAGCAGGUGAUGGAGGACGUGAUGGAGGAGGUGAUGGAGAUGGUGAUGAGGAGGUGA